AUUCCACUGCCCGGGCCUCCACGGUCGUCCCAUUCCGUUCUUGGCAUCACAGCGCGCAACAUUCGAGCCGACGUACGACUACCAAGAGCGCGACGACGACCACCUGCCUGCCUCCCUGUUAUACAGUUACCGUGCCGUUGACGUUGACGUUGCUUCCCGUCUAAUCCUUGCGUUCCUUAUUCUAUUUCUCAUAUACAACACAUACAACCUCUUACACACGUAUAUAUAUAUAUAUAGAUAUAUAUAUAUAUAUAUAAUACACGCUUCCUCUAUUCUCAUAUUCGAUCUCUUUCCUCCCUCUCUGUCUGUCUCUCUCUCUCUCUCUCUCUCUCUGUCUGUCUUUCUCUUUGACUAAACUUGCUCAACGUCUCGCCGCGCACCCUUGAUUACAACAUCCACCUCCUCCUCCUCCUUUUCUCCUCUACCACCUUCUCCUUGGCUCUUUAUCUUCGGAGAUAUCGCAUCGCGAGCAAAGAAGUUACGGGCUCCAAAUAAAACGAAGAUUUUGUACGUCGCGUUUACAGUGACACACGGCGAGAGGGAUUUAAAGGAAGAAAGAAAGGAAGUAAGGAAGGAAAUAAUAAACACGCGCGCGAAGCAAAAUAGAUCGACGACGCAUCAAGAUUUUGUUGUGAUCAUCGUCGUCAAGUGUGUUACGAGGAUAUAUUGUUAUCGUCGUUAAUCGUCGGCAGUUUUAAACCAUACAGUGAUAUAUAUUUAUAUAUAUAUCGUAUAUACGGUAGAGGAAGAGACAUACACCGUCUUACAAAGGAAAUCGAAGGAAUCGUAUUGAUCUAAGUUGGUCAUUUCGAAAACGCCAUCGAAUUUACUACUACUACCGUCGCCGACGAUAACUCGACGAAAUUCUAUAAAGAUACGAAAGAUCAUUAAGUUUGACGGAGAAAUUCUCGUGUUGGAUAAAUCUUCUUACUCUUCGUUUACCUGCUCUCGAUCUGCCAGUUAUCGUCGGAUUUGACGAAGUUCGAGAAGAAAGUUCGACAGGUAUCUUAAACGUGUGUCGAGAGAGCCCGACAAAUACGCCGUUAAACGUGCCCGAUACGAGUGUUUACCUAUCGCUUACCGAUUCUUUCCCCUUUUACGGAGAAAGAAAAGAAGAUCGCGCCGAUAGCACGGCACUCGGUACGCGCGUCAGUACUGAGUGACCUGCAUCGUCAACUAAAAGUUAUCAAAAGGUUUACACAACGGCGGUCACCACGUACAUCACACCGCUCAUCACCCCGGAGAAGAUGGUGACGAGGACAAAGAAGAUAUUCGUCGGUGGGCUAUCGGCACCGACGACGCUGGAGGACGUCAAAAAUUAUUUUGAGCAGUUCGGUCCGAUCGAAGACGCGAUGCUCAUGUUCGACAAGCAAACCAACAGGCACAGAGGUUUUGGCUUCGUCACAUUUCAAAGCGAGGACGUGGUCGACAAAGUCUGUGAGAUUCAUUUCCACGAGAUUAACAACAAAAUGGUCGAAUGCAAGAAAGCACAGCCGAAGGAAGUGAUGCUCCCGGCGAACCUGGCGAAGACACGAGCGGCUGGCAGAGGUGCAUACGAUUUUAUGUGGUCCGUGGGAGCUAUACCAGAAGGUUUCUCAGCAGCGGCAUACGCGGCAUACGCGGCAAGCCGCGGUUAUUCUGGGUACCCUAGUUUCGGACUACCCUACCCGACAGGAGUGCCGACGGUGUACUACUACGGAUCCGGAAGUGAAAAUGCAGGCCGCGCAUUUACGGAGACACCAAUGCAACACGUCCAACGGACUGCACUGCGGAAGAAAUUGGAUCUUACCAACGGACAGCUCACCCCCAACAACAACACGCCCUUGCUCACGCAAGCUCUUUCUGUGAUGAACAACUACCAGGCCGCAGCACAAGCCGGAUUUCCGCCAGCAUCGCCGCAUGCGGCAGGUGGCCAUGGUGGGCCCCAAGGCCGAUCCUUUCCCGCGGCUAACUCGCCGGGCCCGAUAGACAUGUACAGUUCGAGUGCCGCAGCCGCAGCAGCAGCAGCAGCCGCGGAUUCCGCAGUUGCCAGCUACGUCCAGGCCGCAGCUAGUCCGCAGCCUCCCACGACCGCGUUUCCCGCGAUCGCUGUUUCUCGCGCCCCGCUCAACUACAGCCCCGGACCUCUGAUACCAGCGGCGUUCACUAAUGGCUACCAUUGAGCCUCGUUAAGAUCUAAUAACAGGAUGGACGAGAGGGCAGAGCGCAGCACGGUCGAGUGACAGCACAACGAGCACUGUAGUAGACGCCUUGGGAAAAAAACUGAUCACACGGUUGAUGACGAUCUCUCGACAAGUAUUAAAAAGAAAAAAAAAGAAAAAUGAAAAAAAAAAUAAUAAUAAAGGAAAAAAACACACACACACACAAUUGAAAAAUGGAAAUACGGGACUACGACUACUACGACUACUACGACGACUAUGACGACUACUACUACUACGGACGACCACUAUUACUACUACUACUACUACUACUACUACUACUACUACUACGUCAGAGGACUGAAUAUAAGGUGAGAAAGGAAGCCAAAGGAUGCUUUCCAGUUAGACGAGACUUCCGAAUAUGACCAGCCGAGCGUACCACCAGCUACUACCUACUACUCCCCCCCUCCUGAAUAUAUAAAAAAAAAACAAAUACAAAAAAAACAAGGUCUUCGCGGUAAGAAGAGUUCAAGCCGGGGGGCAGGGAACGGGGGGAGGGAGACAAAACGACAUCGAAAUAAAAAGCUCGCGCGAACAGGACGAAGAGAGAUAUAUGAUUGAGAGGGAAAAAAAAGAGAGACAGACGGUGGCAGAAAUAGACGUCUAAAAGGGGGUGGAUAUCAAGAAGUCGAAUAAAAAAGAUAAACACAGGAAGGCAGGCAACGUGCGCGAUGGGGUAGCACGAGCAAGAAAAACGGGAAUACGAAAGAUUGGGGAAAACUUAGUGCAAGAGAGAACAAAAAUAUGAAAGAAAGAAAUAGAUAGAGAAGGAAGAAAGGCAAGGAAGAAAAAAGAAGAAGAAGAAGCGCGUUUGAAGAAAAGCAAGAGAGAGAGAGAAAUAUAUAUGACCGAUGACACGAGUUGUUUUACGAAAACACACACACAGGCUAGCAGCUGUGGCCGAAACUGCGUAUUGACGCCAGCCCGUUCACCGACAUUAAUAAAUAAAAAAAAAA